AACACCGUUGUAAAUUCUGUCCGCGAAUAAAUUAGUGAAAAGUAGUUUUUUCUCGACAAAUUACGCCACACGUAGCAAAAAUCAGUGCUAAACAUCGAUCGCCACAUAUUGUGUAAUGAAAUACAGACUGUUCUGCCGAAAAAGUGAUCAAAAAGUGCUUUAAACGUGACGAAAAUAUACGUAGCUACUUAUACACUUGUAGUUGUGCAAGAUUUAACGCACUUCCGACAGUGACAUAUGACAUUGACACUCCAGUGUUGCUAGACUAGAGAAACAAAAAAGCGCAGAAAAAGAUAUUGCCACAGGAAAAAUAAACUACUAUUUAAUAAAAACUGGUUAAUUGCGGAAAUGGGAAAUAUGGACGCACAGAUGGAAACGCUUUUUCUAAAACUGAGGGAAGAGAUGAAAAUCCAAACAAAAACAUUAUCAGAAACUUUAUCUACUACUAUGGAUAAAAAAUUGAAGCCUCUUCGAGAAGAGAACGAAAAACUCAAGGAAGAAGUAGGAACAUUAAAGACGAAAGUCCAUAUAUUAGAGAAGGAGAAUAGGAAAAAUAACCUCAUACUUCAUAAAGUUAGUGAAGUCGAGACAUCCAACAACGAUCUAUUACAACUGGUUGUAGAAACAUUGAAUAAACUAAGUGAAAACGCAAGUAUGGAAAAAUGGGAUAUCUGGGAAAUCAGUAAAGCACAAAGACUUGGGAAGAAAGGAGACAGACCAAGACCAAUACUAGUGACAGUAACAUUAACAUGGAGGAAAAUCGAAGUUCUUAAGAACAACAAGCAGUUCCAUGACAACAUCUAUGCUACUGAAGACUUUCCAAAGGAGAUUCUUAUGAGGAGAAAGGAGCUGAAAGAAAAAAUGAAACAAGAACUAGAGAAUGGAAAGAAAGCGUACAUCCGAUAUGACAAACUUAUUGUAAAGGAUGUUCCGAGUGGAAACGAAACUCCUAAAGAAAAAAGGAAGCGAUCUCCCACCCAAUCUCCAAAUAAUGCUCAAGGGAGCUCAGAGAAUCCAACCGAAGCACUUGAGAAAAAACAACCAAGCAAAAAAAAUAAAGUAGAUGCUUAUGCUCUUAUGCGUUCGAACACAAAGCAAUAACAAUUAACAGGCAUCCGGGAGAAA